AUGUCAGACAAUGCUGACAAGUUGCCACCGAUCUCUUACUAUACCUGUGUCCUAAUCCAACGGCUGCAUCCUUCGAAGGACCCGGCCUACGUCGACGGGAGGAAAUACGAACUUUACCGCCGCCUGCAGCAUGUUUUAUAUCUUCUGCUGAGUCAAUCAUAUCCAGGUGGAGCAUCCUGCAAGGUGGUCUUAGGAGUGUUUGGGACGCCUCGUUCUACUGUCUACCGCAUUGUCCAUCGUCAUACAGAAGAGGUGGUGGCCAUUCACCACCAGGUCAUCCACCUCCAUAAAAACCCAGAAGACCUGGAGGUGGUGUCCCUUGGGUUUGCAAGGCUGUCUGCCAUUAUGUCCAUCCAGAAUUUUCCUUACACCCGCAAUGCAUCUUUGGGUUUUCUGGCAUAUUUAGCACUUCCAGUGGGAUUGGUGUUGUCAGAGCAGGAGCUGUACCACAGCCAGACAUCCCAGGACUCUGUCUCCAUGGCAGCCAACCCCAGCAUCCUCCUUUAUUCUCCCAAACCUCCCUCAUCAAAAGUGCAUCAAGAAGAAUCCAGCAGUGGGGAAUGGCCACCCAAGGCCUCACAACCCUCAGACAUAAAUUUUCCCGAUGCUGCUCUCCUUCACACAAAACCCAUUCGUGACACAGUCACUGUCACCCCACACACUGAUAGCCAUGUGACUCAACCCCAAGAGCCCAGGUCUGGUAUUGUAAACCAAGGCCCCAUUCACAAAUUUGUCAGACCCCAAGUCCUGAACCCAGUUGGCACUAACCAGACCAGCAGCAGACCUAAAUUUUCCGGCACAGUUUUGCCAAAUGUGAAUGCAGAGUCUGCUGCUAGAGGGGCUCCAAACCCCCUGGCUGGAAUGACCAACUCUAAAUCAAACAAAGAGGAUGCAUUCGCUGCAGACCACAGAAAGCUGAGUGUGGGGGAACCCAACGACCGCAGGCAGCAGUAUCUUCCACAGCUGCAGCCCUCUUCACUGGCCGCUCGCUCCUCUUCUUCAGCUGAUUCUGCACGAGGCCUGAAACUCAGGGAGCAAGUUGUAGGAUCCCCAGAGCUGCCUGUGCACCACACCAUCGCUUUGAGGGAUGCUGGAAAUGAGGCUCCCACUGCUCAGUUGCUGGUAGAAUCAAAGGAGGGGCCCGUCACGCCAGUUUCCAGUCCAUUACAAAAUUUUACUUCCACUGCAUCCAACUCAGUCCUGUCCACUGAGCCAGGCCUCAAAACGGAUAAUUCAACAAUGAACCACACAGCUGCCACCACCGAGGAGGGUCCGGUUGUUCAAGGUAACACCACAGACAGCCCACUUUUGGGACACCAAGAGGGGAACACAACGGCUCCUGCAGGGCUGCUCCCCAACAGCAGCUCAGCUGACGAGUCGUCUGCUCAGGGGAACAGCUCAGAGACCCUCUCCACAGCCGGCGGGAACCUGCCCAACGUGCAGGUCCCAGCCACGACCAACGACCCCCAGCCAGCUGGGAACAGCUCGUGCUCCUCCGUCAGCUGCUUGCCAUCCCAAGGAGACAUCUGCUUGAAAAAGAUGGACAUCGUGUGGAUCGUGCUGGCCAUCAGUGUGCCUGUGUCCUGCAUCUCUGUGCUGUUGACCGUGCUCUGCAUGAGGAGGAAGAAGAAAUCGACGAGUCAGGAGAACAACCUCAGCUACUGGAACAACGCCAUCACCAUGGACUACUUCAGCAGGCACGCUGUGGAGCUUCCCCGAGAGAUUCACACUCUGGAGAGCGAGGAGCUUGAAACCUGUCUCCCCCCUAACGGAGACUACAGUGGCAGCAGCGUGGUCCUGGUCAAUCCGUUCUGCCAGGAGACCCUCUUCAUCAACAGAGACAAAGCCUCUGUCAUAUGA